UGGUGUGAAGUCUAGACACUUCAAUGAGGCGUCAGGAUGGCACAGUUCAAUAUGAAUCAUCAGAGAGCCUCGCUGUUGUGUUUCCUUACUUUCCUUCUGCUAUGGGAUUACUCUGCUAGCCAGAGAACUGUCCAAAUACAACAAGGACAGCUUUACAGAGCAAAGGGCUAUCCAGUGACCAUAGCGUGUAAUGUAAGUGGAUAUGAAACAAACACACAACAGGAUUUUGAGUUCUCUUUCUUCAGCCCUGACAAUCCACAACAAGAAAUAAACAUAAUCAGCACAAAGAACACCAACUUUGCCUAUGCUAAAUAUAGAGGAAGAGUUGGGCAAAAAGACAUUUUCAUUGAGAGACGCUCCAGAGACAAAGUUUUGCUCCACAUCAGAAAACUAGUAGAUGAUGAUACAGGAGAAUAUGAAUGUCAUACUCCAAACACUGAUUUGAAAUACUUUGGAACCUACAACGACAAAAUGAGCCUUACAGUUAUCGAAGACACACUUGAGGCAACACUGGUUAAGGAGACUCUUAAUAAAUUUGAAGGGGACCCACUGCAGUUGAAAUGUGAGGUAUCAAAACAAACCCUCCAGCACACGCAUAUAUCGGUGACCUGGUAUCUUAAUAAGACAGAGGACCUGAGACUUCCAAUCAUCUCACUGAUGAGGGAUUUUCUCUUGAACCCUGGAAGUGAAUACAGAGUCAGAUAUGAAGCAGGACACAUCGGAUUGGAUAAGAUUGGGGAGACAACCUACAGGCUGAGUAUCUCCCAGCUGCAGCAAUCAGACCAGGGACACAUCUACUGUGAAGCCAGCGAAUGGAUCCAGGAUCCAGACAGAUCCUGGUACCAAAUUGCUUCAAAAACAACAGCAACCACUACUGUUAAUGUUCAGGGUGUGGGGAAAGAUUUCAAUACACAGAUUGUGACCAACCAAGGACCACUUAUAGAAGGAGACACUUUAGAGAUAAGAUGCAUGGUGGAAGCCCAAAAUAUUCCAGACCGCUACUUCUCAGUGGUUUGGUUAAGAAACAAUGAGGAAAUGGCCAGCUUCGGACCCACUGGUGUACCAGACAUUGGGGAUAACUACAGAGCCAGAGAGAGCAAUAGGCAGCUGAAAGUCGUCAAAAAAAGUAACAGCGACUACUUAUUUAUAGUCUACCGUGUCAGCAAAGAGGACAGUGGGUCAUAUCAAUGCAGAGUUACCGAAAUGGAGAAAGGAUCAGGGGAAAAUUUCAUAGGCAAGACACCAAAAUUCUCAGUUGAAGUAGUGCUUGAUAUCCGCCCUUUACGGUCACUCCUAACUGCAGACCUGAAGAGUCGCACAAUAAAUGUCAGAGACAAUAACAGUAUAAUUCUGCAAUGCAAAGUCAAAGGACCCAAGGUUCCACUAAGCAUUACCUGGACAUUCAUGGCCAAGGAUUCACAAACAGAGAACAUAGUGGUGAUCCACUAUGAUGGUAAAAUCACCUGGGGGGAAAAAACCAGUAACUUUAAAUUCAAAACCAUAGUGGAGAAGACAGAAAGUGACUCUAAUUUAAAAAUCACCAGGGCCAGCUUGACAGAGAUGGGGAAAUAUCAAUGUGUGGCAGAGGCGUGGAUAAAUGAAGUACAGUUGGCAAGUGUGUCUUCCAAUCAAUUAGAAGUGAUUGUCAGUAAACCAGUCAGCAAGCUGUCCAUCUCCAAUGAGCCUUUGACUAUUAAAAGUAAAGUGAAUGCUAACGUGGAGAUAGAAUGUAAGAUUAAAGCCAGUACCUAUGAGGACUCCCAGUUUGAAGUGUCCUGGUACGCCAAUAAGUAUGACAAGGAUGUCGGCAAUAAAACAAUUCUGAUAACCGACCGCAACAACAUCCUAAUGCCAGGAGAACUGAUGAACUCACACCAGAUGAAGAAUAAAUACCAAAGCAAGAGGUGCUCCAAAAGUUCCUACAAGCUGAUCAUCCUGCAGACUGAUCUUGCCGACUCUGGAAAAUACUACUGUGUUGUAGAAGAGUGGCUGCAGGAUGCCAACAACAUCUGGUACUCUAUGGAUAAAAAGAGUGUUGAAAUAGAAGUCGACAUUGUAUCGAUAGAAAAUAAGUUACAAGUCUUAAAAACCAACACCACCAUGAUAGUCCAUGAAAACAAGGAAUUCAAGGUUAACUGCACCUUCAGCAAUGAAGUUCAGUCAACUUCUCAGUUCUCUGUUAUUUGGUAUUAUCAGAAUUCCAGUUAUGCCAAAAAAACCCUUCUGAAAGUUAAACACAAUUCUGUGUUUGAAUUUCUGGGAGGAGAUAAAGAACUGAUGAAGAGAAUCCAGUUCUACAGUCCUUCUGUUGGGACUUACACUUUGGUGAUACAGAAGGCUGAUGUUGGCGACAGUGGCAUUUACUUUUGCCAGGUAGAUGAGUGGAUAAUAAACUCCAAGAAUCAACUGGAUUUCCAAUCUAGUGAUGUAUCAGGGUUCACCAAUGUUGAAAUACACCAUCCAGAGAAGAAACUGCAUGUGCACAAAAGGAAUGUAAGCAUCUCCUUAGUGGAGAAGCAGGGUAGCUUUAAACUGAAUUGCAGCAUUGACUCCAUCUCAAGCAGAGAGUCCACGUUUGAGGUAACCUGGUGGAAGAGGACUGAGCAGGGAGAGAACCAGGCCAUUUUUAUAUCCCAGCGGAAUUCUACAUUCCGCUUCCUAAAUGGGACCAAGAGCAGCUUACUGUUUGAAAGACCCACUGCCGAGCUGUAUACCCUAACUGUGCAAAGGGCAGUAGUUAUGGACAGUGGGAGCUAUUACUGCCGUGUGAAGGAGUUGCUGCUCUCCCCAAGAAACCAGUGGCAUGAAAUUGCAACAGAUACUUCUGGAACUUCAACAGUUGACAUUAAGCAAGAAGAGCACAGCGUCUUCUCUACAGUCUGCGCCUCACAGUCUCUGCUCAGCUUUGUCUUCAUCUACCCCUUCAUUGUCAUUGUGCUUCUGAUAAUGGUCAUAUUAUAUUUAUAUUACAAGUUAUGGAAAGCGGGGGGCACUCACAAGUCAUGCAAGGAAAAUGGUCCAUCUCUCUGGUCGGAAAGGGGUCCACUUAAAUCUUUAAAUGAGAUAGAUGCCCAAGAUGAAAUUCCAAAUGGUGGUGAUGUAGAAAUGAACAGUGAUGCUGUCUUGUACAUUUGAAAUCCCCGACCACAGCUAUUUCCUGAACAGAUGCAAGUGCAAAUGUACCUUGCUAAUGAAACCAUUGUCUAUCAAACCAAAAUGCCUCUGCAGAGUUGUUCAUUGUAUUGUCAGAACACAAAUAAACAGAUCAUUUAAAAUGUCAUGCUGGCUACCUUAUUCUGAGGUCUUAUUGAUAUCGAACCCAGAGUUACCCAAAGAACAGACUGACUUGAUUAAAAAGAGUCGGUUUUAGCAGCCCAAUGCUGAAACCUGUUUCAACCAUACCAAUACUGAGAAUAAAACAUAAAGUCAGCCUGAUAUCUCAGCCACUGAACAGUAUAGAGUGGAAAUACAGAUGGACAUCAUAACAGUUUGUUAUGAACAGAAACAAGAGUUAGAUUUGUUAAGUUGCAUAUAUCAAGUAAAGCAGUAUAUGUUUGAGUUAUAUCUCAGUUGAGUUAUGGGUUAUAUCAACAGUUGUAGAAUGUAAACUGAUAGUUCACUUCUUCCAGUGCCUAUAUUAUCUCUUAGUUCUUAACCCUUCAGUACAACUAUCUGAGACGCAUAUUUGCAUAGGACUAAUAAGAAUAUGUAUUCUCAUUAUUAGUCCCAUGCAAUUAUGCGUCUCAGUUACAGUAUAUAACAGGGAUCUUAAGCUGUUUGGGUAAUGUAAAGCACUUUGCUCCUGUAGCAUACUUAAUAAAAAGUAUGACUCAUACAAUUGUCAUGUUUCUUUUACUGUGCUAAUUAUUUGUUUUAAGCUAAAAAGGUGUUCUCACACAACCCUCCCCCAUAAUUUUCUAAUACCGUGUACCACAUGCAUUAUUUCUGGUCACACCACAGGAUACACCCAACACACCUUUAAACAUAGACAGAAAUGACUUCAGUGCAGCGUCGACAGUUAAUAAGAUGCCUGUAUUAGACCAACAUUCUUUGAUUAUGAAACACUGAUUAUUGAUAACUGGGUCAUACAUUCUAUGCUUCACCAUAUCAUAUUUUUAUUUAAAAUUUAAAAAGGGUAAGCGGUCUAAACAAAUGUCCCACCCCUAUCACUAUACCUUUAUUGAUCUGUCACCAAUACUUGUUGAAUUCAUAUAUAUAUAUACACACACACACACAUUUGGAAAAAGGCCAUAUGACCUAUAAUUAGCUUUUUUACUUCUUCAGAUAGUUCUUCACAUAAUUAAUCAUUGCAAUUAAUUGUGAAUUGCACAAUUACAAUUGUAAUUGAGCCCAAGUCUGAGAUAUAUACACAUAAUAGUUUAGAAAUGUUAAUCUGAGAUAAAAACAAGCACUGCUGCUUGUUUAGUGCCAGUUAGGAAGCAUUGUGUUGUCUUGGGGAAUUCUACGUGUUGUGUGUGAUGGAAUGGGACUCGAUUGCAGUUCUGGGGCGUGGGUAGCAUGUAGCUGUGUUACAUUUCCCAUCAGGGAAAGCAGAGGUAGUGUCUGAUAGAGGUUCUUUUUUAAAUUAUUGGAAGUUGGAGUCGUUAACGAUGCGGCUUUUGAUUACUUUGUGUGUGUUGCCUGAACUCCAUUGUCGAUGUUUAAUGUCAGUACAAAAUAAAAUAUAUCACAGUAUUACCUUAAAUGACUGAAGAAAUAGUCAAAAUAACAAAUCAAAUCAACUAAAGUCUUCAAAUACAACUGAAAACGUGC